AUGACACCCGAAAUACAAACCGUUCUGAUAUCCAACCUCAUGGCGAUUCUUGGCCCGACAGACUGGCCCAAAUCUCGCGAUCACGAUGACUACCGGCGGGCCCUCAUGAUAACCUACGCAUUUACUACUUACGGUUAUAUUAUCACGCCGGACGAAGCGGACGAGAUCGUGGGCGAGAAGUUGUGGGCGGAUGUGGACGAGUAUGUCACCUACAUGAAGCAGGCCAACUUUGGCAAAUCGGUCAAGGGCGCAACGAAUGUCAUGCUCCCUAAGACGCUGCAAAUAUACAGCAGCGCAGAGUUGGACGCCAUGGAUGCGGCAUUUGACUUCAAUGUCCUUGUGCGGUCUCCCAGCUACAAUCUCAACUGCGUGGUUCUGACAGCUUUUCACGACGAGCUGGUGUCUGAAUUCGAGUUGGUGAAAUCACCGCCGCCGCGAGGCGUAACUCCAGCGUCCGACCAGGACGACCCUAUUUGCGGUCCUGCGCCUCCCGCAGUGCCCACUGGCGUCGAAGCUGCGGAUGUUCCAUCAUCGUCUGCUGAGGCUUCUGCUGCACCCGAUGAACAUGCUCAUGACCUAGCUCUUGAGCUUCCACUACGAAUUUGCCCUCAUAUAAUCAAGCACCUUGGCAUCGAGUUUGGGCCAGACAAAUAUGCCAUCUUGCAUUACAGAUGGGACCACCGACGGAAGAAGGACAAGACUUACAAGGACAGUGAUCAUCAGCUGUAUCCCAACAUUGCUGACAUGUCCAAGGAAAGUGUGAAGGAAACACAGAAGCUUCUCGGUGUAAUCAUUGACCGGCGACUCACUUUCGAGUCGCAUGCCAAACAUAUUGAGUCCAAGGUUCCGUACAAGCUUCAGCAGUUCAAAUGGCUGUCGGCACCUACUUGGGGAUUAGACCUCGUGACGAUGCGCAAGCUCUUCGUCACCUCCAUUCGAUCGAUCAUUAGCUACGCUUGUGCAGCUUGGUUCAUGUAUUUCCCACCCGAAGCGGCCAAGCUGUACGCGAAGAAGGACACCACGAAAGCGCAGAAUAAGGGGAAGACGAAGGGAAAGCCAAGACCGAGACACCAGCCAUUCGGCGCGAGAACGAUCCCGGACAAGACGGUCGACAUAUUGAAGCGACUGCAGAAGCGGUGUCUGCGCCAAACAUCCGGUGCAAUGCGGGGCUCAAAGCCCCCCGUCCUUGAGAAAGAGCUUCAUAUUUACCCAAUUGACGUCUAUCUCAAACGCCAGGCGCUGUCACAAACAGGUCCAGAUACGCAGGCGCGGAAGCUACGUUCAGCGGCGCAUAUUGGGCAGUCUGUUGACGGGUUGGGUGUGAACACUGCCGAAGCGGAUGAUUGCGAUGAAAGCGGUGUGGACUACGAGGAACGUGGAGAGGGACAUGAGGAAGACGGGGAGGAAGACGAGGGAAACGGUGACGAAGAUAGCGAGGGAUGUCUUGGUCCUGAAGGCAUUGCAUAUGACGACAGUGAUGAUGACAGCGCUGUUGGUGAUGACGGUGACGCGGAUGGCGAUUACUGCCCGUCAGACGACGGUAGGAAUCGGUCGCGCCGCUCCAAGGGAGGGAUCGAGAACCCAUACGACCACAUUAGAGCUGAGGCAAUCGGUGUUCUCAAGGACGCCUUGGACAGUUACUCGGAUUGCUAUCGCAACGGUCCUAAUGAAAGAACUGAAGAGGAGCUGCUGAACUCGUUCUGGGGUCCAAACGUGAAAAGGAAGAACAGAUGGCUCAAGAUCGCUGCGACCGACCAAUCCGCCGAAUAUAUGGAUGAUGCCUGGCAUGCAGAUGUCGGCAUUCUCAAAGGCGAACCCAGAGCCUGGCCCGUCGCUGUCCGUGACACGGCCUGGGAUUCGACUCUUGAUAUCUACCGAGGUCUGACUCGAAUCGAGUGUACCAUGUUGCUUCACCUUCGCACGGAGGCCAUUGGGCUCGACGAUCACCUCAGCAACAUUCAUGCCAAAAGGGAUGACGUUGAAAUCAGUUCAAAGUGCCCCUGCGGCUGGAGCCGCCAGCAUGUCCAACAUGUCCUUCUCCAUUGCCUCUUGUUCGCGGAGUGGAGGGUUGAAGCCUUGACGCUGGGGGAUCCGAGACAAUGCGAUCUGGGAAACCUGCUCACCCUCCAAGCUCAACGUGCUGCCAGGUGGGCCAUUGCGUUCCUCGACAUCGAACAGUUCCGCUUGGCAAGGGACCGCUACCGCGAAGAGAUACUGCACCGAACGUCCUAG